AGGGAUGUGGUUCACAUUGAGAGAGAGAGAGAGAGAGAGACUGCGAGAGAAGAGAAAGAGAGAGAGAGAAAUGGAAGCAAUGCCUAUGGGGUGGUGCGGUAGCAGCAAUUGCGGCGGAGUGACGGUAAUCCGAUCAUCGCCGAAGUUCGGACGAAGCGCAGCAGGAAGAACACGCUUUCCUCAUCCAUCGACUCUUCUUCCUGUUGUUAAAUCCAUGGCAGCCGAGAAGUCGAUUCCCUCCGCCACCAGAACUGUUUCCUCCGCAAAGAAUUCCCAGGUUUUCCCUCUGGGAGAGAAAGGCCCAAGGAACAGCUACUCGGCGUCCACGCCGCCAGUGAAACUGCUGACAAGGGUGGAGCAGCUGAGGCUUCUGACCAAAGCAGAGAAAGCUGGGCUGCUAUCAGCUGCAGAGAAGUUUGGACUUUCCCUGUCAACAAUAGAGAAACUGGGUCUCCUCUCAAAGGCAGAAGAACUUGGAGUCCUUUCAGCUGCCACAGACCCUGCAACCCCAGCAACCCUCCUGAGCCUGAGCGUGGCCUUGCUGGUGUUGGGCCCUUUUUGUGUGUAUUGGGUGCCUGAAGACUACCCUUGGGAAGUUGCAGCCCAAGCUGUGGUUGCUUUGGUCUCUGUGGUUGGUGGAUCAGCUGCUUUUGCAGCUUCAAAUUUUGUAUCCAACUUGCAGAAGUUGAAAUGAAAUGAAUCUCUCGAUCCUUGCA